AUGGGCUACGCAGUCUCGCCGGAAGACCUCGCCGUCCCCGGCCGGGACACAUACUACUGGCUCGGCGAAAUCAACAAGGCCAGCGCCGUCAUCAACUCAGCAGGAGGACUCCUGGAACAAGACGCAGCCCGUCGCAUCAGCCGCGGGCUCCAGAAACUCCUAGACUCCGGCAACGAGCCCGGCGCGCCGCGCCCUACCCUCGUCAUUACCUUCGAGCCUCUUCUCAUCAAAGCGGCCGGGGUGGAAGCAACGCUCCUGCACGCCGGCCGCUCCAGCCAGGACAUGCUUUCUACGGUCGCGACUGCGAUCCUUCGCGAUUCGGUCCUGAAGCUGGCUGCGCAGCUUCACGCGACAACAAAUCGCCUCGUUGCCAUGGCGGAAACGCACGCCUCGACGCUCGUACCGAAUUACACCAACGGUGUUGCCGCCCAGCCCAACUCCUAUGGUCAUUACUUGCUGGGUCACAUUGCAGGCCUUCAUCGCGACGCAGAGAGACUGCGGCAAUUCUUUGCCCGAUUGGACCGAUGUCCGAUGGGCACGACCGUUCUCAACGGCACGAGUUGGCCCCUCAAUCGCGAACGCAUGGCCAAAUACCUCGGCUUUGCAAAAGUUGUCGACAACGCCUAUGAUGCAGCGCAAAUCUCCAUGGCUGAGAUGCCAGUUGAGCUUGGAUCUAUCGCCUCUCAAAUUGCUCUCCAUACCGGUGCCUACAUCCAGGACGUCAUGAACCAAUACGCCCAACCGAAGCCAUGGAUUCUCCUCCAAGAGGGAGGUUAUAACACCUAUGUCUCGAGUGCCAUGCCGCAAAAGAGAAACCCAGGCCUCCUGAACAUGACUCGAAGUGAGGCAUCCCAUGUUGUCACAUUGGGGAUUGGUCGUGCCGUUCAGGGACACAACCUUCCUCCAGGUUAUAGUGAUGCGAAAGAUCUAGGCCAUAAUCUGGCUAUUGUCAACGGCGCUACAAGGGUCCUCGCACAAUGGCAGCGCAUUCUCGACGCACUCGUCAUCGACGGCAAACGAUCUCUGAAAGAAUUGGAUCUCGACUGGACCGCCUCUCAAGAAUUAGCUGAUUUCCUCAUGCGCGAGCACAAGGUGCCGUUCCGUGUUGGGCACCACUUUGCGUCAGAGGUUGUCAGAUAUGCCAAGACCGAAGACUUGUCCCCGAGCAAUUUUCCUUAUGCAGAGGCAUCUAGGAUAUUUCAAGAAACAUUGAAGCACGCUGGCCUCGAAGACGGCUCUCAUGACUUCCUGAGCGAGGAGGAGUUCCACAAUGCGCUUGACCCGGCUGGCAUCAUCAAGCAUAGAGCCACCUCUGGGGGUCCUCAACCCAGAGAGAUGGAGCGCAUGAUUGGCAGUUCGAAGCAAACGCUACAGGAUCUUGAUGAUUGGGUGAAAGAGCGGCAGUCUCAUAUUGCAAGCUCACUGCAGGAGUUGAAUGAAGCAUUCAAAUUAUUGCUGGAAUGA